CGAUUGAAAAACGACGUCGUAAAGCCGUCUGAUACGAGACAAUUCGAACAAAAACAAGAUGGAAUCAGAGAAGCCUCAGUCUCCCAGUCAACUUUCUCGUCCUCCUUUUUUGCUUUCUUUAACACACAUUACAGAGAGCGAAUCUCAACGAGCUCAACAAGAAUCUAUUCAUACUUCCCCGGAUCGAUGAACUUAAGUUGUAAUUUCUUUAUGGUUUUAGGAUUUUGAGGGUGUCAAUUUCGAACUAGGGGUUUUUUGUUGUGUGAGGGUUUGCGAGAUUGUAAAUAUGAUGGUAUCAAGAGGUUUAUUUGGUUGGUCGCCGCCGCGGCAACAGCCGCUAACGCCGGUGUCGGAGGUGUCGGAGUGUCCGUCUCCUUACGUAGACACAAGUAACGAUGCGGUUCCUACAGAAAUUGAUGAUGUAGUGGAGGAGACGGAGGAGAUCGAGCAGCCUCCGGAAACAGUGCCGUUUUCGAGGCUGUUCGCGUGUGCUGAUAGGUUUGAUUGGGUGCUUAUGGUAGUUGGAUCGGUUGCUGCGGCGGCGCAUGGGACUGCGCUUGUGGUUUACUUGCAUUAUUUUGCUAAGAUCAUUCAGUUGCUGAGUCAUGGCGAUGAGAGUUCGGAUUUGCUUUUUCAUAGGUUCAAAGAGCUUGCUCUGACCCUUCUUUAUAUUGCUGGUGGUGUUUUUGCUGCUGGUUGGAUAGAGGUUUCAUGUUGGAUUCUUACCGGAGAAAGGCAGACAGCUGUUAUUAGGUCUAGAUAUGUCCAAGUACUUCUAAAUCAAGAUAUGAGUUUCUUCGACACAUAUGGCAACAAUGGUGACAUUGUGAGUCAAGUAUUAAGUGAUGUAUUGCUUAUCCAGUCUGCUCUUAGCGAAAAAGUUGGUAAUUAUAUCCAUAACAUGGCUACAUUCUUCAGUGGGCUUGCAAUUGGAUUCCUCAACUGUUGGCAAAUUGCUGGGCUCACUUUAUUAACUGGCCCCUUUAUAGUGGCUGCAGGAGGAAUAUCAAAUAUAUUUCUCCAUAGACUUGCUGAGAAUAUUCAAGAUGCUUAUGCUGAAGCAGCUAGUGUUGCUGAACAGGCGUUUUCUUACAUGAGGACAUUAUACGCAUUCACAAACGAAACAUUAGCAAAAUACUCAUAUGCAGCUUCACUACAAGCUACAUUAAGAUAUGGUAUUCUAAUAAGUCUUGUACAAGGGUUAGGACUUGGGUUCACAUAUGGGCUUGCAAUUUGCUCUUGUGCUUUACAACUUUAUGUUGGAAGAUUUUUAGUUAUACACAAAUAUGCUCAUGGGGGCGAAAUUGUCACAGCUCUUUUUGCUGUUAUCUUAAGUGGGCUUGGGUUGAAUCAAGCAGCUACAAAUUUUUAUUCAUUUGAGCAAGGAAGGAUUGCAGCGUAUAGACUUUUUGAGAUGAUUGCUCGUUCAUCAUCCAGUGUUGAUAAUGAGGGAAACAUUCUUGAUUCUGUUCAAGGGAAUAUUGAGUUUAGAAAUGUUUAUUUUAGUUAUUUGUCACGUCCUGAGAUACCGAUUUUGAGUGGCUUUUAUCUCACUGUUCCUGCUAAGAAAACCGUGGCACUUGUUGGAAGAAAUGGAUCUGGUAAAAGUAGUAUUAUUCCACUUAUGGAAAGGUUUUAUGAUCCUACAUUAGGGGAAGUUCUUCUGGAUGGAGAGAACAUCAAGAACCUGAAAUUGGAAUGGCUAAGGAGUCAAAUUGGUUUAGUCACUCAAGAGCCUGCAUUACUAAGCUUAACUCACUUGAAAAAAGGAUACGAUACACAGGUAGGUAGGGCUGGUUUAUCUUUAACAGAAGAACAGAAGAUAAGACUUUCUGUUGCAAGGGCAGUGCUUUCAAAUCCUUGUAUUCUUCUUCUUGAUGAGGUGACAGCUGUGAUGGAGGAAGGUCAGUUAAUGGAGAUUGGGACACAUGAUGAAUUAAUAGCUUCAGAUGGGUUAUAUGCAGAGCUUUUAAGAUGUGAAGAAGCAGCUAAACUCCCAAAAAGGAUGCCUGCAAGAACCCCCAAUGAGACCUCAACAUUCCAAAUCGAAAAAGAUUCCACCUUACAAGAACCAUCAUCUCCCAAAUUUACCAAAUCGCCCUCACUUCAGCGAGCCUCCAACCUACACACAGCAAGAUCUCCAGAUUCCAAUUACAACUCACAUGGAUCUCCAAAAAAAACAGUUGAAAAUGGAACAGAAAACCAGCCACCAAUAAAAAGACAAGACAGUUUUGAGAAAAGAUUACCAAAUUUACCAAAAAUCGAUGUCCAUUCAAUCCCACGCCAACAAUCACUCAAUUCUGACCCCGAAUCACCAAUUUCACCAUUGUUGACAUCUGAUCCGGAUAAUGAAAGGUCACAUUCACAAACUUUCAGUCGACUUAAUUCUCGUUCUGAUCACCAUCCGGUCAAGGUCAAAGUCAAAGUUAAAGUCAAAUCAGUGAAGGAGAAGAAAGAACGAAAAGAUCCUCCAUCAAUGUGGAGGCUUGUGGAACUUAGCUUUGCUGAAUGGCUUUAUGCUGUUUUGGGAAGCAUUGGUGCUGCGAUUUUCGGUGCUUUUAACCCUCUUCUCGCGUAUGUAAUCGCCCUAGUUGUCACAGAAUAUUACAAAAAUGACACCCACAGACAUAUGCGACAUGAAGUGGAUAAAUGGUGCUUAAUUAUCGCAUGCAUGGGUGUUGUUACUGUAGUAGCAAAUUUUUUGCAGCAUUUCUAUUUUGGGAUAAUGGGGGAGAAAAUGACAGAGAGAGUUAGGAGAAUGAUGUUUUCUGCAAUGCUUAGGAAUGAAAUUGGGUGGUUUGAUGAAGAAGAGAACAGUGCUGAUACAUUGUCAAUGCGGUUGGCAAAUGAUGCAACUUUUGUGAGAGCUGCUUUUAGCAACCGACUUUCUAUUUUUAUACAAGAUGUUACGGCUGUUCUUGUGGCACUCCUGAUUGGGAUGCUUUUAGAAUGGCGGUUGGCUUUAGUGGCUCUGGCUACAGUACCUGUUCUUACUGUUUCCGCUAUUGCUCAGAAACUAUGGCUAGCCGGAUUCUCAAAAGGCAUCCAAGAAAUGCACAGAAAAGCAUCAUUAGUCCUUGAGGACUCAGUUAGAAACAUCUACACUGUAGUCUCGUUUUGCGCCGGAAACAAAGUAAUGGAGCUUUACCGCUUCCAACUCCACAAAAUCUUCACAAAAAGCUUCCUCCACGGCCUAACAAUCGGCUUCGCCUUUGGAUUCUCCCAAUUCCUUCUCUUCGCCUGCAACGCCUUCCUCCUUUACUACACCGCACUCUCAAUCAAAAACCAUCACGUCAAUCUCCCAACCGCUAUCAAAUCCUACAUUGUCUUUUCAUUUUCCACUUUUGCCCUUGUCGAGCCUUUCGGUCUCGCCCCUUACAUUCUCAAAAGACGAAAAUCCCUAACUUCCGUAUUCGAAAUAAUCGACCGAAUUCCCAAAAUCGACCCCGACGACCCCACCGCGUUAAAACCACCAAACGUCUACGGCUCCAUCGAGUUGAAAACCAUCGACUUUUCCUACCCGACGCGCCCCGACAUCCUCGUACUAAACAAUUUUUCCCUCAAAAUAACCGGCGGGACAACCGUCGCGGUUGUAGGCGUCUCCGGAUCCGGUAAAAGCACGAUCAUAUCAUUAAUCGAACGGUUCUACGAUCCGGUUUCCGGAAGCAUCACGUUAGACGGACGCGAUUUAAAACAAUUCAACCUCCGAUGGUUGCGAAACCACCUCGGUGUAAUCCAACAAGAACCCGCGAUUUUUUUAACAACGAUUAAAGAAAAUAUAAUCUACGCGCGACAUAACGCGAGUGAGGCGGAGAUUAAAGAAGCCGCGAGGAUUGCUAACGCGCACCAUUUCAUAAGCAACUUGCCACACGGGUACGACACGCAUGUGGGGAUGCGAGGGGUGGAGUUGACUCCGGGUCAAAAGCAACGGAUCGCGAUAGCGAGGGUUGUUUUGAAAAACGCGCCGAUUUUGUUGUUGGACGAGGCGAGUUCGGCGAUUGAGAGUGAGUCGAGUCGGGUGGUUCAAGAGGCGCUUGAUACGUUGGUUAUGGGGAAUAAAACGACGAUUUUGAUAGCGCAUAGAGCGGCUAUGAUGAGACAUGUUGAUAAUAUUGUGGUGAUUAAUGGUGGGAGGAUUGUUGAGGAAGGUGGGCAUGAUUCUUUGAUGGAGAAGAAUGGUUUGUAUGUGAGGUUAAUGCAACCUCAUUUUGGGAAGGGUGUACGUCAACAUAGGCUUCUUUAGGGUUUGUAGAUUGAAUGAGAUUGAGGAGAGUAUUCUUUUGGAGGCGAAGGAAACUUCGUGGUAUAUUGAUUUUUGUUGAUUGUAGCAGAAUGGUUGUGUACUUGUGUUUGUUUAUUUUUGGUGAUUUUUUAUAGAUUUGUAUAUGCAAGUUGAUACAGGCUAAAAUGGAGGAAGUAAUGGUAGU